AUGGCUUCGGAUUACCCGAGAGCCGAGACGUCGUCGGCACUACAUCUAGGGCCGGCGCCACAGCGCCAAGUAGCCGAGUCAGGGGGUCGGUCCCAAUCAACGGAUCCGAUCACGCUAGGGUUCGCGCAGUUAAAUGAACGCUUUGAUAAGAUGGACCGUCGGGUCGAAACCUUGGAGCGCCGACCGCAUCCACAAGCGGCUGAUCACACCCAAGUUUGGGACGAUGCCGAACACGAAUGGGAGGAGUAUCGAGGGCACGGUCGGCCAGUACGUGAGGAUCUUGACCGUUCAUACCGACACCAGGAUCGAGGUCGGGGACGCCCGUCUCGGGGUGGUCGCGGUGAUCGGGGUGGAGGAGGCCGUUUUUCGCAGCGGCGCGAUGUGACGGAGUAUCGAACGGGUCGCCGUCGGGACAAUUGGGAUCCACCUCAGAGGCACGACGAUUGGGACGAGGAUCCGCACGAGGAUCGCGGUGUCUCCUGCUGGGACCCGCCUCAGCGCCGAGAGCGUUUUCCCCGCCAGGGAACCGAUUACUCUUCCGGCUUGAAGAUGGACGCGCCCCACUUUAACGGGGCGGAUGCGCCAAAUUGGAUAUCCCGCGUACAAUAUUAUUUCGAUCACAAACGGAUCCCGGAGUCUGAGCGUCUGCAUUAUGUAGUGAUGCUGUUUGACCCCCCCGCUUCGGAAUGGAUAUUCAAUUAUAGGGAGACCAAUGGUUUUGUAACGUGGCCGGAGUUCCUGGACGACGUCAGACAUCGCUUUGACCCACAGAGCUUCAGAAAUUACACGGGUCUGAUCGCCAAGCUGGUUCAGACGUCUACCGUAGCAGACUACCACGCAACGUUCGAACGGUACCUCAAUCGGGUGACCGAUUUAUCGGAGUCAUCUCUGAUUCCUAUUUUUAUCCAAGGGCUCAAGCAACCCUUGCAAGAGAAGAUCGAAUUGCAGAACCCGGUUUCAUUAGCGGAGGCAAUGGCAUUGGCAUUGCGCUUGGCUGCAACACAAGACGAGCGACCGCACCAACCGUCGCCAUAUCCGCGACGCCAGUGGUCAGGGAAGGAGCAGAGGGCCCCCCCGAUCCCCGGUUCGACCCCAAUUUCUGGACCACAGCCGCAAGAACUUCAGGGACGUGACGCGGACAAGGCACGGGUAUACCCAAUCAGGGUGUCUAACGCCGAGAAAUCGGAGCGGGCACGCCGAGGGCUUUGUUACCAUUGCCCUGAAAAAUGGGUCGCAGGCCACGUCUGUAAGGUCAAACUUCUUUGCUAUAUGGAUGACGAUGCUGACAACCUGCAGGAGGAUACCGCGGGAGAUCAAGUGCCGGAGGACGAACUAAUUACGGCUGAUCUAUCGCACCUUCACGCCUUGGAUGGCCGAGGGAGCUCGAAACCGUUCAUUGUACAGGGCACGUUGGGCGUAACCAACGUGCGGGUAUUGAUCGACACAGGCGCGACAUUGGAUUUCCUCCAGCCACGCAUCGCCGAAAUACUCCAGUUGGACCUAACACCCAUCAGACCAUUCCGGGUGUUGGUAGGUAACGGAGCAUCCCUGCUCUGCACCCACAUAGCGCGGGGCACCAAGCUGACGCUGCAGGGCAACAUAUUUGUGGUGGAUCUCCAUAUUCUCGCUCACCAUGGGCCAGAUGUGAUUUUGGGAAUGCGUUGGUUGGAAUCGCUGGGGAAGGUGUCGGCGGAUUUCGUCAGAAAAACGUUGGAAUUUACUCACGGAGAGCGACCGGUUUUCUUACAAGGCUUGAUACCGGGGCCAAAACAAAUAUCCCUUCACUCGUUAUACACAUUAACGACGCAACCAACGGACCACGAGUUCUAUGAGAUUGUACCGAUUGACAGCGGCACUGAGGCAGUGGAGGGAAGCAGCAGGGAGGACUUUCCUCCGGGCUUGCCGAACGGAAUUCUCGCGGUUUUAAACACACACCGAGCGGUGUUUGAACAGCCUAGUGGCAUGCCCCCGCCGCGGCAGUUUGAUCACCGAAUUCAUCUCCUACCCGGUACACGGCCGAUUAAUGUUAGACCGUACAGGUACCCCUACUUCCAGAAGACGGAAAUCGAAAGGCAGGUUCGCGAUAUGCUGGAACAGGGUAUCAUUCGCCAUAGUCACAGCCCGUUCUCGUCCCCGGUAUUGCUGAUCCGAAAAAAGGAUGGCACUUUUCGGUUUUGCAUUGAUUACCGAGCCCUCAAUAAGGCCACCGUGCCGGAUCAUUUCCCCAUUCCUACGGCAGAAGAACUAUUUGACGAGUUGGGAGGUGCUAGGUACUUCACUAAGUUGGAUCUUCGCUCGGGGUAUCACCAAAUUCGAAUGAACGGGGACGACAUUUUCAAAACCGCUUUUAGAACUCAUGAUGGGCAUUUCGAGUUUCUCGUGAUGCCUUUCGGGUUGACAAACGCACCGUCCACCUUCCAGGCGGCGAUGAAUGCUAUUUUCCAGCCACUUCUCAGAAAAUGUGUUAUCGUUUUCUUCGAUGACAUUUUGAUUUAUAGCCCGACCAUUGAGCUGCAUAGUAGCCACCUGGAAGCCGUUCUGGAACUGCUCCAUGCUAAUAACUUCUUCGUGAAGCUUUCGAAGUGUUCAUUUUGUAGUAUGUCGGUGGAGUAUUUAGGGCACAUCAUUGACGAAGGCCAUCUCAAGGCCGACCCGACCAAAAUACAGGCGAUGACGGCGUGGCCUAAGCCGGGAACGGUACGGCAACUGCGAGGUUUUUUAGGGUUGACAGGCUACUACCGCCGUUUCGUCGCCCACUACGCGAUGAUCGCGGCGCCCUUAACAGAUUUACUUAAAAAAGAGGCUUUUCGAUGGGGCCCCGAAGCCGAGAAGGCGUUCGCAGCUCUGAAGCAGGCGAUGACAUCAGCUCCGGUCCUCCAAUUGCCGAAUUUCGACUUGCCAUUUUGCGUGGAGACUGACGCGUGCGACGUGGGCAUUGGCGCGGUGCUAAUGCAACGGGAUCACCCCAUUGCGUUUUUCAGUAAGAAACUGGGACCUCGCAGGAGGGUGGCAUCUACGUAUCAUAAGGAAUUAUAUGCUAUUGUGGAGGCCGUGCAAAAAUGGCGACAGUAUCUAUUGGGGCGUGAGUUCAUCAUUAGAACGGAUCAGAGGAGUUUGAAAGAGCUGUUACAACAAGUGGUCCAGACCCCAGACCAACAACUCUAUGUUAGAAAGUUGAUGGGAUAUAAGUUUGUGAUCGAGUACAAGAGAGGCAGCAUGAACAAGGCGGCAGAUGCCUUGUCCCGGCAGCACGACGUGCCGAGCCCGCAUCCCGAUUUGCCUGCGACAGACGACGCUCCCGUCGAAGUCACGACGGAUGUGGACGCGGUCCAGCUCCUACCAGUCGUCGCUAAGCCUGUACCUGAUAUAUUGCGCGUGUUGCGCGAGGAGGCGGCCUCCCUACCCGAACUAGUGGAACUCUCGGCCAAAAUCAAAUCAGGCGACGCGCCCUCGCACUUAUCAUGGGCCGAUGGCCUGAUAUAUUACCAUCGCAGGGUGUUGGUGAGCGCGGAGUCCAAGGCAAAACGGACGUUACUAAAGGAACACCAUUGCUCGCCGAUGGCGGGUCAUCCGGGACACGAGAGAACAUUCCGCCUAUUGGCGGCGGGGUUUUAUUGGCCAAACAUGCGCAAAGAUGUAGUGACGUUUGUGAACGAGUGUGUGGUGUGCCAGUCCACGAAGUAUUCAACGCGAAAGCCGGCGGGGCUAUUGCAGCCGCUACCCGUCCCGUCGCAAGUAUGGGAGGAUGUGUCAAUGGACUUCAUCACCGGGCUGCCCCAGUCCCGGGGGUAUACAACCAUUAUGGUGGUGGUGGAUAGGCUUUCAAAAUAUGCUCAUUUCGCCCCCCUACCUCCUAAAUUUGACGCCUCCCGAGUGGCGCAGCUGUUUGUGAAUACGGUGGUCCGGCACCACGGGUUCCCUAAAACCUUGGUGUCGGAUAGAGAUUCGGUGUUCCUCAACGCAACAUGGGAGGAGAUGAUGCGUCUGAGCGGCACCAAGCUUCACUUUUCCACCGCCUACCAUCCGCAGUCGGAUGGCCAGACGGAAGUCCGUAAUCGGGGUUUGGAGCAGUAUCUGCGAGCAUUUGCUUCCGAUAAACCUUCAAGAUGGACGAAUUUUUUACCAUGGGCGGAGUUAGCUCUAAACUGUUCCCAUCACUCUGCGCUGGGCAUGACACCUUAUAAAGCAUUGUAUGGGCGUGAGCCGCCCACGUUAGUGGCGUCCCCGCCGUCAGCAAAAACGCCGCCUAAUGUGGCAGAUAUUAUCAAAGAGCGUGGGGAGCUGCUGGUCACGUUACGGCGAAACCUCUUGCAGGCCCAGCAGCGAAUGACGGAUGUGGCAAACAGACACCGCAGGCACGUGGAGUUUGACGUGGGCGAUGUCGUAUGGCUGAAACUGCAACCGUACAGGCAGCACUCGGUUGCGAAACCGUUGUCGGCAAAGCUGGCGCCACGGUUCUAUGGCCCCUUCGAAAUUUUGGAGAGGGUGGGCCCGGUGGCAUACAAAUUACGUCUUCCGGAGGGUAGUAGAGUCCACAAUGUGUUCCACGUGAGCUUGUUGCGUGAAUUUGUGGCGGGCGACGGGGAUGUGGACGGAGUGAAAUUGCCUCCCGUGUUUGUGGGGGAUAGGCCAGUGGUGCGUCCCGUGGCAGUGUUGGAGGAGCGCGUCAGCUGGCGGGGCGACCGACCGGAGCGACAGUGCUUGGUGCAGUGGGAAGAUGAUGCUUUCACACCUACUUGGGAGCCGGUCGAGGCGAUUGGUAGGCAGUUCCCGGAGGUUCGCCUUGUGGACAAGGCGAUUGUUAACGGAGGGGGGGUUGAUACGAGACCCCCGCCACCAGACGCAACAGCAGAGCGGCAUGCCGAGCUGGAGGCGACAACAGCCGAGCAGCACGGCGCAGCAGAGCGGCAUGCCGAGCUGGAGGUGACAACAGCCGAGCAGCACGACGCAGCGCUUCCGGAGCCGAGCAGCACGACGCAGCCGAGCAGCACGACGCAGUGCGUGAAUGACCGAAGUGAAGAAUUGAUUGUGUCGAAGAGAUCCUUGAGGCCGAGAGACAAGCUCAAGGCGCCGAACAAGUUCAAGAAUUAG